ACGGCCGCACAGCGAUUCAUCUGCGCCGGGGUUCCUCUUUCUAUGAAGAGGAGCCCAUCGGAUCAACUGGUUCAGAGUUUUGUUUUCGGGGUUGGGGCUGCAAUUUCUUAGGCUUAUUAGCCAUGUCAAAGUGCAUUCAGGGCCUGAGUCUUGGGGUCCUGUGCCUUGUCCUUGUCUCUACAAUUUCAGGGGCGUUGAGCCAUGAAGGUUCGGUUGCGUUGAGCCAUGAAGGAGUGGGGAGAAAACAGAAUGUGACAUAUGAUGGAAGGUCGCUAAUUAUUGAUGGGAGGAGAGAGCUCUUCUUCUCUGGUUCUAUUCACUAUCCUAGGAGCACUCCUGAUAUGUGGCCUGACCUGAUCGCCAAGGCAAAGGAAGGAGGAAUAAAUGUGAUCUCAACCUAUGUGUUUUGGAACGCUCAUGAGCCAGUGGAAGGAAAGUUCAAUUUCAAAGGCAGAUAUAAUCUCGUUAAGUUCAUCAAGCUCAUUCAAAAGCAAGGUCUCUAUGUGAUUCUAAGAAUUGGGCCCUUUAUCGAGGCUGAAUGGAAUCAUGGUGGGUUCCCUUAUUGGUUGAGAGAGAAGCCCGGUAUUAUCUUCCGAACCGACAACCAGCCAUUCAAGUAUUAUAUGAAGAGAUAUGCGAAGAUGAUCGUGAACAUGAUGAAUAAAAACGAACUAUUCGCUCCACAAGGGGGUCCUAUAAUUCUCACACAGAUUGAGAACGAAUAUAACAAUGUUCAACAAGUGUUUAAAGAGAGGGGAGCAGAUUAUGUGCAAUGGGCCGGGAACAUGGCCCUCAAGCUUAAUACUGGUGUACCCUGGAUUAUGUGCAAGCAAAAAGAUGCUCCUGGUGCUGUGAUUAACACCUGCAAUGGAAGGAACUGUGGUGAUACAUUCACGGGCCCCAAUUCACCGAACAAGCCCUCGUUAUGGACCGAGAAUUGGACUGCUCAGUAUCGAGUACUCGGUGAUCCCCCAUCUCAAAGACCAGCAGAGGAUCUUGCAUUUGCUGUUGCUCGGUGGUUUUCGAAGCACGGCACGCUGGUGAACUACUAUAUGUAUCAUGGUGGGACGAAUUUUGGGAGGACAACUUCAUCGUUCGUGACGACUCGUUACUACGACGAAGCCCCACUAGAUGAAUAUGGUCUUGUAAGGGAACCCAAAUGGGGUCAUCUGAGGGACUUGCAUAGGGCUCUUAAACUUAGUAGAAAGGCCUUGCUUUGGGGAACUCACUCAAAUUACUCCUUGGGCCAUCAACUAGAGGCUCGUGUCUAUCAGAAUUCGGAGAAAAAUGUUUGCUCAGCCUUCCUUGCCAACAAUAAUACUAGGGAAGCUGCAACUAUAUAUUUCCAAAAUGUGCCAUACUAUUUGCCACCACGUUCUAUUAGUAUCCUGCCUGAUUGCAAGACAGUAGUCUUCAACACUAAAAAGGUAAAUGCACAGCAUAAUGCAAGGACCUUCCAUCAUGUGAAGGAUUUCAGUAAAGGCAUGAGAUGGAAGAUGUUCAAGGACAGUAUUCCUAACACUGAGGACACUCCUGUGCAAAACUCCCUGCUCUUGGAACAUUACAAUGCAACCAAGGAUACCACUGACUUUUUGUGGUACACAACAAAUAUUGAUGUAGGUAGCAAUGAUCUACCGUUGCUCAACAGCAUCAAACCAAUUCUCCAGGUUGCAUCUUGGGGCCAUGCAGUCCAUGGUUUUGUUAACGACCUUUAUGUUGGAAGCUCACAUGGGGACCAUGUACAGAGUCCCUUUUCUCUCAACAAACCCAUAACCUUGAAACCUGGCAAGAACAAGAUUUCCUUACUGAGCAUGACCACUGGAUUUCCGAAUAGUGGAGGUUAUAUGGAGCACAAGAUUGCUGGUGUGAGCAAGGUAUUGAUCCAAGGUCUAAUGACUGGAACCCAGGAUCUCAUCAACAACAUUUGGGGUCACCAAGUGGGGUUGUUAGGAGAAAAGCUAGAGGUUUACAACCCUCGUAGCUCAAAGAAGGUGAAGUGGGUCGAUGCCAAGGGCCAUGACCAUGAGCCACUCAUAUGGUACAAGAGGCACUUUGAUGCACCUGCCGGUAGCGAUCCCGUAGCCCUGGACAUGAGCAGCAUGGGGAAGGGUGAGAUUUGGGUGAAUGGACAGAGCAUCGGUCGAUACUGGGUCUCCUACCUCACACCACUGGGCCUUCCCUCUCAGUCUGUCUAUCAUAUUCCUAGAUCGUUCCUAAAGCCAAAGCGCAACUUGCUAGUCAUACUCGAAGAGACCGGAGGAAACCCUCGACGCAUAACCUUGGAGAAUGUCAGGAGAGACAUUAUCUGCGGAUUCGUGUCGGAGAACCACCCACCAAAGGUUAAGGACUUUGAGAGGAGCGACUCACAGAUAAAGGCAUUGGUGCAUGAGAGCGAGUUGCAGCCCAUGCUAAACCUCCAUUGCCCCUCCGACAAUGUCAUCCAAACCAUCGACUUUGCAAGUUUUGGCAACCCGAUUGGUAUUUGCAGUGCCUUUGCAACUGGCACUUGCCACUCGGCUGUCGCCAAGGACAUUGUCGAGAAGGCUUGUUUAGGUAAAGAGAGCUGUGUGGUCUCUGCUCUGCCCAGCAAUUUUGGUACAGACCUAUGCCCCGGCACCAUAAAGACUCUUGCAGUUCAAGCAAGGUGUGGCCCAAAAAGAAAAAUCAAGCAUUGAAACACAUUUAGAAUGUGUUAAUCUUCAUCUCAUGUGCUUACUGUACUCAUAUGCUUAACACUACCUAUUGUUCAAUUUAAAUCGGGGUUACCUUUGGUUA